AUGGAGACAGAACAUCGAUGCAACUUGUCAUCUCGUACUAGCUCAAGUUCUUUAUCGUCUUCAUCAAGCAGUUGGUCUUUAGUUGGCAAAGGACAGGAAGAAGAUCAUGCUGCAUUAAAACCCUCAGCGUCUUCCGAGGGUCUGAAUGAUUUACAGAGUAGCGAAGUCACGUCAUCUGAUCAAACUGAAUUGAAGUCAGAAACGAGCUGCGAUGAUUCUUCGUUAGGCGUAUUUGAAAAUUCGCUUCAAGAUGGUGUCUGCAGCAGUACGACUAUUGAAAGUCUUCCUGAUGACGAAACCAGUGAGGAGUUCGACCGUAUUGAUAGAGGUAAAGAAGAAACUUCUGAAGAAGAAGUAUCUUUGACGUCGAUUGUUGCAACCGGUAGCACGUGUUCCUGCUCGGACGUCGGCGAUGUAUGUAUAAAAGGAUGCGAGGCAGAAAAAGAUUUGGUGGUGGUCAGUAAGAGCAGUGAACAGACUGCCCCCGUCGAAGACUCCGGGUUAAAAGAAAUACCGGAGGUUGUGUUCCGAAGUUUUAUGGUGGAAACCGCAUGUGUUUGCUUAAUUGCUGUAUUUGUAUUAUUGACAUUUCAUUUAUGGGUUUUUAUCGGCAGCUCACCUGGCGUACCUCAGAAAGGGUCGUUUGAUCGCCUGAGUGUCAAUGAGGGUUUGAAAUCACGAAGAACAGCAUCUGAACUUGAAAAAGGAUCAAAGGUUGUCGAUUCUGGAAUUAAACUUGUAUACAAAAGAAAAACUAAAGAGCCAGUGAGGAGAAGUGCGUUCCUAGAAUUGGUUGAAGGGUACUGUGCAAAAAAUGGAAAAUCUUCAUUUAACCAUACAUACUGUUCUUGGUCAAACGGACGAGGAGAAAUCCAUCGUGGAACACAGGGUGAAUCACAACGAAAAACCGUUGAAAAUUUAAUUUCUAAGGGCUUCAGUUCAGAAGCAAGAAGGAAGUUGAAGAUGAUGGCUGAAAAAGCUAAAAAGGGCGUGCGGUAUUUCAAGAAACAGCUAAGAAGUUUAAAAGAAAAUAAGAAAGUAAUGAGGUGGCCAAGUACUUGCCGGUCCAACCCACCCGAAGAGCGUUAUCCGAACCUUGACUAUGAUUGUAUUGCUCUGAUUGAGUUGGCAAAUUCUCUGAAUCGGGAAGACCUUUUACAGAAACAUAUUGGAGUAGAAGCAGCUAAACAGUAUUUUGAUUUGCUGUAUGACAUUUCGUCCUGUGACAGGAAACGAAUUGAUUGUGAGAGGUGUUUUUGGACAGGAGUCUGCGAUAAAAGUGCUGAAUGCUUGUUCCACUCAUGGCAGAAGGAUUUUGACGUGAAGAGUUUUGUCUGCAAGGGCAGAGAAGUUUUGUCGAGCUCAUUUUCGAAACUGAAUUGGCGCUUACCAUUUGAUUGUUCUUUCAAGUCUGAAAUGACACAGGAUGCAAGGGACACUGAGAAGUCAAAGUCUUUAAUCAUGAACAAUCAUGGAAAUGAGAAGGAAGUGUCUAACAGCGCGAAAGUAGCGCAUAGUAAACGCAGUCGCUCUUCCAGAUGUCCCCUGCAACAUACGUUCCUUUCUACGAAGCAACAAGAUUUAUUGGAAUACUACCAAAGGCUGGCAAAUUUGGAGUCUACAAGGGAGUAUGGGCUUCGAGAAUGGGCGGCUGAAGUGUUAAAAGCCACUCGUCAAGGGAUUAAGCUGAGGUUAUCUCUCAGGACGAACAUCGAGUCGGCUAGUUGGGAGAACACCUUGCAUUACUGGGAAUAUUUGGCGAAUGAAGAAGCGAAAAGAGAGCUAGCAUUGGAUCACUGGAUAACAGAAUUUCUCAGAGUCGCAAGACGGGGGACUUCUGUUUCUUUGAAAGCUGGACUUGUUAUGGGGUCGCGGCUGCGUGCAGUGACAGGUCUGGGCAGCGCGGGCUGCCUUCAAGGAAAGGCAAAACCCGCCAGAGCGACGCUGUUGAACACGACCCUAGCUAGUAUGGGUAUGUCCGAAUUGCCAUUACUUCAUCCUUUAGAAGCGCAGUGUUAG